ACUAUCAUACAGAUCUGAGGAUGACUAUAACGUGAUCACAGUUUGUCAGAGCCUGUUUGCGUCCUAGCUGUAACUGAAACCAUUCUCAUCUUAGCAUAGUGUAGAUAUUAUGCUAAGAUUAAAUCAACAGUGCGGUUCCUGUUGCCUCGAGCUCUUCUGCUGUUAACUUUCGUUUCUUCAUUCCUCCUGAACUCCAGAGCAGAGAAAGUUCUGGUUAAGACCUUGGAAUGGACAGUCUGGCUAACAUGAGUAAGCCUGAGGAGGAGGAGGAGGAGGAGGAGGAGGAGGUCCCAGCCUCUGUCAGCACACCGUGUGAAGAUCAUGAGAUCCUGACCCAGCCUGAGAGGACUAAGCAGGAAAGAGAGGAUUCUCCUGCUCUGAGUGUUGUGUCCCUGAAGAGCGACAUGUCCAUGGUCCAGCCUAUGGCAUUCAAAAGGGCUGGUGAAGGAAAGGAGGAUUCUCCUGCUCCGAGUGCUGUGUCCCUAAAGAGUGACAUGUCCAUAGGGGAGCCUGUAGUUUUCAAAGGGGCUGAGCAGAAAAGAGAAGCUUCUCCUACACCCAGUGCUUUGUCCUUUAAGAGCAACAUGUCCAUGGGUGAUCCUCUUUUUUUUAAGCGUCAAGAUUCAAUUCCAAAAGUUCAGCUGGAGACAUCAGAGGCUAUCAGUAACACAGAUCUGCGCUCCAAAUUCAAGAUCCUUGAAGAAACCAUUGUUGCUCUUGUGAAGAGUGAGCUUAAGAAGUUUGAAACAGUUCUGAGUCCAGAUUACCCAGAAUGCUCAGGUUUGUGUGAAGACCAUGAGAUGGCUGAUGAAGACGAGGACGAGCAGAGCUGGAGCAGCAGCGAGGAAGUUCUGAAUCUCACACUGAAGGUCAUGAGGGGAAUGAAUCUGGAGGAGCUGGCCAUUUCUCUGCAGAACAGAACUCUCGCUCCAGUGAGCAGCAGUAAACUCAAGUCUAACCUGACACAGAAGUUUCAGUGUGUGUUUGAGGGGAUUUCUAAAGCAGGAAAACCAACCCUUCUGAACCAGAUCUACACAGAGCUCUUCAUCACAGAGGGAGGGACUGGAGAGGUCAACUGCGAACAUGAGAUCAGACAGAUUGAAGAAGCAACCAGGAAACAAAAAGUACCAGAAACAUUAAUUCGAUGUGAAGACAUCUUUGAGGCCUCACCUGGAAGAGAUAAACCAAUCAGAAGAGUGCUGACAAAGGGAGUAGCUGGCAUCGGGAAAACAGUCUUAACACAGAAGUUCACUCUGGACUGGGCUGAAGGCAAAGCAAACCAGGACAUCCAGUUCACCUUCCCCUUCACUUUCAAAGAGCUGAAUGUGCUGAGAGAGAGAAAGUUCAGCUUGGUGGAACUUGUUCAUCACUUCUUUACUGAGACCAGAGAAGCAGGACUCUGCAGGUUUGAAGAGUUCCAGGUUCUCUUCAUCUUUGACGGUCUGGAUGAGUGUCGACUUCCUCUGGACUUCAGCAACAAUCAGGUCCUGACUGAUGUUACAGAGUCCACCUCAGUGGAUGUGCUGCUGACAAACCUCAUCAGGGGAAACCUGCUCCCCUCUGCUCGCCUCUGGAUCACCACACGACCUGCAGCAGCCAAUCAGAUCCCUCCUGAGUCUGUUGACAUGGUGACAGAGGUCAGAGGGUUCAAUGACCCUCAGAAGGAGGAGUACUUCACGAAGAGGUUCAGAGACCAGGAGCAGGCCAGCACGAUCAUCUCCCACAUCAAGACUUCCCGAAGCCUCCACAUCAUGUGCCACAUCCCGGUCUUCUGCUGGAUCACUGCAACAGUUCUGGAGGAUGUGCUGAAGACCAGAGAGGGAGGAAAGCUCCCCAAGACCUUCACUGAGUUGUACAUCCACUUCCUGGUGGUCCAGUCCAGACUGAAGAGCAUCAAGUACGAUGGAGGAGCUGAGACUGAUCCACACUGGAGUCCAGAGAGCAGGGAGAUGAUCCAGUCUCUGGGAAAACUGGCUUUUGAUCAGCUGCAGAAAGGAAACCUGAUCUUCUAUGAGUCCGACCUGACAGAGUGUGGCAUCAAGAUCAAGGAAGCCUCAGUGUACUCAGGAGUGUUCACACAGAUCUUCAGAGAGGAGAGAGGACUGUACCAGGACAAGAUGUUCUGCUUCAUCCACCUGAGUGUUCAGGAGUUCCUGGCUGCUCUUCAUGUCCAUCUGACCUUCACCAAGUCUGGUGUUAACCUGCUGUCAGAAGAACAACCCGGAUCCAUGUGGGUCAGGUUGUUUGGAGACAGAUCUGAAGUCUUUUACAAGAGUGCUGUGGACCAGGCCCUACAGAGUCCAAAUGGACAUCUGGAUCUGUUCCUGCGCUUCCUCCUGGGUCUUUCUCUGCAAACCAAUCAGUCUCUCCUAAAAGGUCUGCUGACACCGACAGGAAGUAGUUCACAGACCAAUCAGAAAACAGCCCAGUACAUCAAGAAGAAGAUCAACGAGGACCUGUCAGCAGAGCGAAGCAUCAACCUGUUCCACUGUCUGAAUGAACUGAAUGAUUGUUCUCUAGUGGAACACAUCCAACAGUUUUUGAGUUCAGGAAGUCUGUCCACAGAGAAACUGUGUCCCGCUCGUUGGUCAGCUCUGGUCUUCAUCUUACUGUCCUCAGAAGAAGAGCUGGACGUGUUUGACCUGAAGAAGUACUCUGCCUCAGAGGAGGCUCUUCUGAGGCUGCUGCCAGUCGUCAAAGCCUCCAGUAAAGCUCAGCUGAGUUUCUGUAAUCUGUCAGAGAGAAGCUGUGAAGCUCUGUCCUCAGUCCUCAGCUCCCCGUCUUCAAAUCUGAGGGAACUGGACCUGAGCAACAACGACCUGCAGGAUUCAGGAGUGAAGCGUCUCUGUGCUGGACUUGGGAGUCCACGUUGUAAACUGGAGGUUCUCAGGCUGUCAGGCUGCCUGGUCACAAAGGCUGGCUGUGCUUCUCUGGUCUCCGCUGUGAGAUCUGGUUCCCAUCUGAAGGAGCUGGACCUGCGCUACAACAACCCGGGAGACUCAGGAGUGAAGAAGCUUCAGCAGAAACUUGACACUGUCAGGGCGGACCAUGGAGGCUUGCAGUCGAUAAAACCGGGUCUGAAAAAGUAUGCUUGUGAACUCACACCAGACUUGAACACGGCAAACAAAAAGCUCGUACUGUCAGAAGACAACAAGACGCUGACGGCGAGUAAAGAGAAACAACCGUAUCCUGAUUGUCCAGAGAGGUUUUCUUACUGGAAGCAGCUGCUGUGUAGUAACCGUCUGACUGAUCGCUGUUACUGGGAGGUGGAGUGGUCUGGAAGCAUUUAUAUAGCAGUGACCUAUGAAGGCAUCAAAAGGAAGGUGGAGGGUGACGACAGCUGUCUGGGGAGUAAUCAUCAGUCCUGGAGUCUGAGCUGCUCGGAUGCAGGUUACUCGGUCCUGCACAAUAAUGAAACCGUCUCCAUCCCUGUCCCCACGUCAGACAGAGUGGGAGUGUACCUGGACUGGCCUGCUGGCACUUUGUCCUUCUUCAAGGUCUCCUCUGAUAAAGUGACCCACCUCCACACCUUCAACACCACCUUCAGUGAGCGGGUCUACCCUGCCUUCAGGGUUAAGGUGGACCCGUUUAACUCCUCUGUGACUUUUUGUCCAAAAUAGUUUAACUCUAAAUAUAACUUUGCACAUUUGUAACUAUGCAGCAUAUAUAUCCUAAAUCAUAAGUAACUACCUGGAAGUUGUUUUAAAAUCUUAACGGGGCGCUUCUAUUUUAACCGGCGCAGCUUUUGUAGUCUUUACGGCUGAACCCAAUAAGCAGACUUCAUACAGGUCUUGUUUCCCAAGGUUUUAUUACACAAGUGCAGAGUGAAGGGAUAGGUGGUGGGGAUGCUGAGGGAGGGAUCCAGACAGUGAGUGAGGAAGGUGGCAGAGCUGGAUGCAGAUGGGUCCUGGAGACAGGAAAAACAGAUGUCAGGUGGGUUGAAGGCAAACGGACAAAACUGGCAAGAAGCUAUGCUAAAGGUCUAUUAAGAGCUGGACUUGGUCCCUAGACAAACAAACCGUGGAGGCACCACGAUCCGGCAGGGACUGGCUGUCAGUGCUUGGUUCUCGUAGGCAGCGGUGAUUGGAUGAUGGCUGGUAGGAGUGUUGAUUGCAGAUCCAGUGCAGGUGAGCAGAGAGUGAAGGAGACAGAGCAGGAGGGGGAGGGGGAAACAUAAAGAGAGAAAGUUUGAGAAAACAAAGGGAGGUAUACAGAGGAGGGAGACGGAGAAAUGGAACAAUACAGACGACUGCGCUGGAGAAAGUUGAGAAAAUAAGGAAGAAAUGGCGCCCUCCAUAAAAGAGAAGGGGGCAGCAAGAACAGAGGAUUUAAUUCAGAAUGGACGUUCGCCUUUCUGUUCAUACUUCCCACUUGGAGCACUAAACCCACUCUUAUGUUUAUUUUUAUUUUAUUUAACCAGGAGGAAACCACAUUGAGAUUAAAAAUCUCUUUUUCAAGAGUGUCCUGGCCGAGAUCAGCAGCAGUACAUUCCAGAAAAGUUACACACAAACACAGAAUUCUAAACAAUUCAGAACAGAAGUCAUCAAUCAAAGCAUCUACAAAGUGAAGCAUCGUCCUCAAGAGCCUUCAGUCUGCUUUUAAACACAUUUGAAGAGACAAGCUCACUCAGACCCAGGCUCUC